CUGCCAGUAGAAUGUACAGACUACUACGACUAUACCCUGGUUCCGUGGAACUGGCUGUCUAAUGUUUCCGAUAUCACGAAAAAUCAACCAAUUAUUCAACGUUGGAACAUGAGCGACGCUUGGCUAUCUGACUAUUUGGGAAUUACACCGAAUGAGACAUUCGAGAUCAAGGAUAAUACUCCAUACCAAUUCCGUUUUGUGGACGCAGACCCGUUCGACAUGCCAAGCUCGCGAUUUGACGAGGUCAUAUCUAUGUCCCUUCUCGAACGACUUCCUCACCGUCUCAUCCAAGUCGGAACGCUUUUCGGCUCCUCGCGUGUCCGUCUUCGCCGCGCUCGCAACAUUGCAUAUCGGACGGUGGUCCGUGAAGGCAUGACCUUUAAUAACGGAAUGCUUCUCGACCUUGCGGAGUCAAUAAAAGCUAAACUAGGCGGAGAAUACGUUGCCAUACAUGUCAGGCUAGGCGAUGGUGGUUUCGAACGGAAAGCCAAGAAGAACGUUCGUUUAAUCUGGUGGAGACUAGUACGAGAAGUGUUGGGCGUCGAAGAGAACGUUGGGCUAGACGUAGAAAGACGAGUAACGAACUUCAGCUACUCGUCACCUCCAAAUAUCACCGUCGAUCAAGCCACACUUCGUGCUUCACAUCCUGCACUCCCGUCACUUCCUUCGACCAUCCUGCCGAAACUGCCAUGCCGUCGGCCGUGGCACGACAAUCCCCAACUUACCGCUUUAAACGUACCUCUCUUCAUCUCAACGGACGUGUCGGAUCCUGAAUCUCAUCCCUUACUCCAACGUUUCUUCGCCGCGUUUCCAUGUACAUUCAUCUUAUCAGAUUUUGUUGACGAAGUUACUGCUCUCGGACGACCGAAAAGCGGAUACGACGGACUCAUGCUCAAAGGUUUCAUACUCCCUUUUCUUGAUGCUGUCGUUGCUGGGAAAGCGUAUCAGGUUGUUGGAACAGAUGGAAGUACGUUUAGUCAAUUUGUUCAGGACGUGUUGUGGAGGAGGUAUAGAGGAUUGGAGAUUGUUCAAAGAGGUUGA